AUGGCGUCAGCGCCCAAGGACGACGGCCAGCUCACGUCGUUCGGAUUUUUGCAAGAGACGCAUGAGGAGCAUGCACCCUCUUCAUUUUCCUCCUUGUUUAGCCGCAUGCGCUCGGCGCUCGGCGCCGGCGCGCCUUUGCCGCAGCACACUACCGGCGCUGGCCCUGCGGCUGCAGGCACGGCGCAGCGUGCGCAUGCAUGUAGAGACGAGCCGCUCCCGCUACUGCAUGGUGCGCCUGCACAAGUUGCGUCUCCUACGCCGUUGCUCGUCAAUGUCUCGCGCGAUACGGCACACGACACGAGCCCUGCGCCGUCGAUGAGCGACGUCGGCGAGCCGGGAACGAGUGCGUUUAGCGUGCCGGGUGUAAUGUACUCUAUAGCAGCCGGAGGCGAUUCAGCCUCUAUUGAUACCAAGGCGCACCAAAGCGCCGAGCCCAUGAUCCGCCGGAUUCACAGCGAGGGGAUACAUCGACGGUUUUGGAUGGCCGACGAGACGGCCAGAGAAUGCCGCGAAUGCCUGCUCCCUUUUACACCGCUGCGCAGGCGGCAUCAUUGCCGCGUGUGUGGCCAGAUAUUUUGUCGCAAAUGCGCAGCGAACAGCGUGCCCGGCGCGCGAUUUGGGCUCCAGGGCGAUGUGCGCGCGUGCCGCCAAUGUGUGCACAAAAUGGCCGAGCACGAGCAGCGAGCGCGACACGAGGCCGAAGAGGCGGAGCUGGAACGGACGACGCCGUCUAUAGUGGGCUCGCCUGAAGCGCACGAUGUGCAUACACCGCAGUCGCAGUUUUCCGCGCACACCUUGUUUGGAGAGAAAUCGUCGCCGCUGUCGAAAUGCGCGCGGCAGACGGAUUCUGAAGAGGACACGCCUUCUGAGCUGGCGUCGCCUGCGGGACGUGUCGACGAGGUUUCCCCUUUUCGCUCCGUGCUCGAGGAGCGCGAGCAGCUCGCGUUCGACGACGCGCCUAUUUCCGACGAGGAGCCAGACACGUCGCCCGACACUGCCGAGCCGCCGCCGUUGGCACCGGCCAAAAAAAAGACGCUGGACGCGCCGCACUCGCCCGUUCGCCGGAGCAACGCACGCCAAACGCUCAUGCGCGGCACAACACGCUUUGUGACCAGCACUGCGCUCGGCACGCACAGUCUGGUCUACUUUCUCCGCAUGCUGCACCAACUGCUCGUCGCGGAGCGCAUUGAUCACGUCCAGGAAUGGAAAGAGAUUAUCAAGCUGCUCGCAUUGGCUGUCAUCGAGCGGAUCCGUGUGCGCACACGCAACACUGACCUGACCGAUAUCCGCAACUUUGUCAAGGUAAAGAACAUGCCUGGCGGGCAGAUCUCUGACUGCGAGUUCCUCGACGGGUACAUUUGCUCCAAAAACGUUGCGACUAAGAAAAUGGGCACGUUCUUGCCGCUGCGCAAUGCGCGAGUGAUGGUGCUCGCGUUUGCGCUCGAGUACCACGACGCAUCACAGCUCAUGGCGCUCGAGCCGAUCAUGGCGCAGGAGCACGAGUUUAUCCGGAUUUUGGUCGCGCGCAUUCUUGCGCAUCGUCCCAAUGUGGUGCUUGUCGAAAAGUCCGUGUCCCGGUACGCACUGCAGCUGUUUGAAGAGGCUCGCGUUCCCGUGUUCAGCUGCAUGAAACGCAGCUCAGUCGUUGCGGUUGCGCUGUGCACACAGGCAGACGUGAUUGCUUCCGUUGACCGUCUUGCGCUCGAGCCGCGCCUGGGCCGGUGUGUGAGCUUGACAGUUGAUAUGUACGAGUACGAGCAUGCGCCGAUGCGGCGCAAAGCGCUGCUGCGAAUUGAAGUCGCGCACAAAGACGUGAGCUCCGCUUUGGUGUUGCGCGGCGCAUCCCUGCCGAAACUGCGGCGCAUCAAGGCGAUUCUGACCUUGAUGGCGUUUGUGGGGUACAAUCUAAAGCUGGAAGAGCACAUGCGCCGCGAUACGGGCCUUGUCCUGGAUUGGUCCGUGGUGAACAUCGAGCAGGGGUCCGAAGAGCCGCAGGCGCUCAGUGAUCUGGGCAUGGAUGCGUACCGCAAAAUGAUUCUCGCCGAGACGCUGAAAAAGUACCAGCGACUAAUUUUAAGUGCUUCGAUCACAGUCAACUUUCCCCUGCCGUUCCUUAUCACACGCAUGAAACAGGUCGUGGACAGGAUCGAGGCGGUCAAAGCAGCGCUUCCGGAAGAGCCUACUACCUUUGUAUAUACGCUACAGAACCUAGUGGACGAAACGCAGGCAUCGUUUCCUCUUUUCGACCCGCGCUCUGCAUCCCUCGAGACGGAACUGCUGUGCUUGGAGGCGCAGCACGCGGGACUAUUGCACAGUUGGCACGCUUGUGUCACCAACAUGGCCAAGAUGCUGACCCCCUUUUCGCACCAGAAACUCUUGUCUUUGGACUGCACCGUCUCUGCCGCCUCGCUGCAGUCAUGUGCAGAACCGGCGUGCCACAGCGCGGAAUACUACGGCGUGCGCGACGUGCCGCUGGGCCAGAUGCUCGAGCGAACAUGCACAGAAAGCGCCGCAUCGUGCGCCGCGAAAAAAUGCAAUACGCCCGCGCUCCUGCACUACAAAACGUUUGUGCACAGCACGAUGCGUGUGCAAAUGGUCGUUGAGCGCUUUGUGUGCCCGAUCGAGGACGCGGAACACAAGCUCUUGUGCUGGAGCUACUGCAAGCAGUGCGGCGCUACUACCCCCAUCACCGAGCUCAGCGACGAGGCAUGGUCCUUGAGCUUUGCCAAGUACCUCGAGCUGCAGUGCUACCCCAACGCAGCGUGCCAUUCGUCCGUGUGUAGCCACGAUUACUAUCGCGAGGGCGUGCGCUACUUUGCAUUGCACAACCUCGCCAUCCGAUUCCACGCCGAUCCUGUGGCGCCGUGGGAAGUCGUCGUGCCGCCGAAACGCUUGUUUGUGUACCCUGAAAAAAUGUAUGCACUCAAGAACGAGGAGACAGUGAGCAUGCUCGAAAAAAAUGCCGACUUCUGGAACUCAGUACUCUCUCGGAUCCAUGCGUUCCAGGAGGAGCUCUGCACGCGCGAAAUUUACAACACGGAUGCAGAGCUCGCGGGGAUGCAAACCGACGCGCUCGAGCUCCUCGGCCGGAUCAUGCGCUGUGCGCGCGCCGAUUACGCCGCGAUGCAGAAGCUGGCCAUGCAGGUAUACUGGGACGCAGAUCGGGAUCUCCUGAUGCUGAACGAGGUGCGCCGUGCAAUGCAGGACAAGGUGGUGGAGUGGGACGCUUUGUUCCAUGGCUUCGACAAGCACGCAAGCAUCUCGGACCGCCAGCUGCGGCGCCUCACGUCCGAGUAUGUAAAAAAGCGCGCCGAGCCAGACGAUUCUACAGAGGCAGUCCAGGUGGGCGCCGACGGGCACGCCAAGCACGAAGCGCCCCAGCAUACUUCUCCUGCGCCCGAUCCACGUCGAGCGGACGAGCAGCACUUGGCGGCCUGCACAAACGCACGCAAGGAACAGCCUCGCGAGCGCGCACGGCCAGUCACCUCGGCGCAUGCAACCGUUGCCGUAUUUAAAAGCAUGCGCGACGCCGUCGGUGCAGAAAGCGAUUCUGAUAGCGACGAUCCUCCGCGUGUCCCUGUGCCUGAAACCGAGAACAUUGCGCGCGAAGGAGGGCCGGAAUGCGCGACGCUCUUUGAUGCGCUCGAAGAAAAAUGGACGCUGCACUGCGGCGCUAUGCGCCCACUUGUCUACCCUUUUUUGCACACGGACCACGUCUUUUCCGACUCGCGUGUUGUCGUGCGCGAGGACGAGCCGAGCUCCAUCAUUGCCUUUACGCUCGAUUCGCGCACCUACAAGGACCAACUGCUCGCGUCCCAAGAGGCGCGCAUUCCAAGCGACCUGCACCACGAGCUGUGCAGCACCGCAGGAACCCAUUACGGCUACGAGUUUGCGACGAGCAGUGUGACGCUCUCGUGCAAGAUCUUUUUUGCCGAACAGUUUGACGCGCUGCGGCGUAUGUGCCAUUGUGAUACCAUCAUCCAGUCCCUUUCGCGGUGCAUUAAAUGGGAUUCGUCUGGCGGAAAGUCGGGCUCUUCCUUUCUAAAAACGCGCGACGACCGGUUCGUCAUGAAGCAGCUCUCGCGCGCCGAGAUGGACGGGUUCAGCAAGUUUGCACCGCAGUACUUUGCUUACAUGGCCGACUGUCGCGCGGCGAAUCGUCCCACGACCCUGACCAAGAUCUUUGGCUACUACCGGAUCGGCGUGCACAAUACACAUUCGGGAAAAAGCAUGAAGCUGGACGUAGUCGUGAUGGAGAAUUUGUCCUACGGACACAGCAUACACAAGAUGUACGAUCUCAAAGGCAGCACACGCAACCGGUUCGUGCACGAGGCAGGGCGCGAUGGCGAAGUGCUCAUGGACGAAAAUCUCGUCCAGGCCUCGCAGCAGAACCCUCUCUUGGUCCGCGAGCACGCCAAGCGAAUUAUGCGCGCGGCGCUCUACAACGACACCCUCUUUCUCACCGACAUGAACGUGAUGGACUACUCUCUCUUUGUCGCGCUCGACGAGCCGCGCGGCGAGCUGGUCAUGGGCAUCAUCGACUACGUACGCACCUAUACGUGGGACAAGCGCGUGGAGAGCUUUGUCAAGGAGACGGCGAUCCUUGGCGGCGGCGGCAAAGGCGAGCCUACGAUUAUUACGCCGCGUCAGUACCGCAUGCGGUUCCUCGCGUUCAUGGACCGCUACUUUUUCAUGGUACGUAUUGGGUAUGGCUCACACUAG